GGGAGGGAAGGAGAGAAAGGGAGUGCCUGGGCAGCACUGCAACAGCUGCAACUGCAGCAGCCUGUCAGGAGGAAAGAGGGAGCGAAGGAGACGGAGGGAAGAAAGGCUGCAGGAUUGCCUUUUUAGAGGAAGCAUUGUAUGUAUAUUUUUGCACAAGGAAAAGGGUUUAAUACGGAAGCCUUUUUUCUCCCUUGCUGAUGCUUUUCUAUAUGGUCUCAUGCAGGAGGCAUGCUUGGAAAUAGUGUGAGAGGCAGAGAAGGAGAUUUGAAGAUGGAAAGGACGGAUAGCACAAAGGCAUACGGCCAAGCAGAUGGCAAAGGAGUUGGUAUGGCAGCUAAGAGGGCAAAGUCUGGAGUGCCCCAGAGCACACAGAGGGGUGAACUGAAGGUUUACCGCGCGGGUAGCUCUGACGGCAGGCUACCGGUGUCCUCCAAUCUCCGCAAGCAGAGGUCUAUGACAAACCUGGCUGUACUCACUGAUGCUGAGAAGAAGUUGCACCUAUACGAACCCAAGUGGUGUGAUGACAUGGCCAAGCCUGGAGCAGGGCAGACCAAGAUGGGCAAGCCAAAGACAGCAGCGGGUGGCAGCAGUGCCGGAGGGGGUGCCCCUCUCUCUCGAAACCUAUCCAAAUCUGAACACUCGCUGUUCCAGGGCAAACCCAAGCCCUUCAGCCCCCUGGCUGCUCCAUCUGCUCUGAGCAAGCAGAGCCGCAUACCGCGUGCCCCUUACGCUGAGGUGAAGCCCCUGAGCAAGGCACCUGAGGAUGGGAAGUCGGAUGACGAGAUCCUUUCCAGCAAGGCGAAGGCCAACGCUAAGAAGCAGGGAGCCGGAGCCGGAGGGGAGUCCGGUUCCAAAGGCCAGGGGGAGGAAGGGGGAGACAAGCCCUUCCUGAAGGUGGACCCAGAACUAGUGGUGACAGUGCUGGGUGACCUGGAGCAGCUGCUCUUCAGUCAGAUGUUAGACCCCGAGUCUCAGAGGAAGCGGACCGUGCAGAAUGUGCUUGACCUCCGCCAGAAUUUGGAGGAUACAAUGACGAGUCUGCGGGGCUCUCAGCUAAGUCAUAGCUGUAUGGACACCAGUAAUGUGGGCUAUGACAGCGAUGAGACCAACGCUCACAGUAUAUCCAGCCUGUCCAACCGUUCAUCGCCUCUCUCCUGGCGCCACGGCCAGUCCAGCCCUCGUCUUCAAGCGGGCGACGCCCCAUCCUCCACAGGCGGAGGAUACCAGGGGAGUAAGACAGGCUCCCAGUAUACGGCCCAUACGAUGCCAGCUCGCUGCUCCAGCCGCCUCAGCAGCAUGUCUCGCAUUGAGCUCCUCGAAGGGUUGGAUGAUGCCGACCUCAAGUCUGGUUACCUGAGUGACAGCGACCUUCUAGGAAAGAGCCUGCCGGACGACGAUGACGACAACCUGGCUAAUGGUUGGGAUGAGAGCAGCUCCAUCAGCAGUGGGCUCAGCGACGGUGAAGGCGAUGGCUCCGAGAACCUCAGUUCAGAGGAGUUCAACGUCAGCUCCUCCCUCAACUCCCUCCCAACCACACCCCUGGGAUCCAGACGCAACUCCUCUGCUAUGCUCCGCACUGACGCAGAGAAGCGCUCCCUGGUGGAAAGUGGACUUUCUUGGUACAGCGAGGAUAACAAAGCCGGCCUCAAGCUCGACAGUUGCAGCUAUGACACGGGGAGUCUCAAGACGGAGGCCCCAAGCAAGUGGAGAAAGAAGCCUCCAAGCCUCAGUGAAGAUUUAGGGUGUAAAGGAGAACUGAGGAAGCCUCAAAGCUUGGGUCAUCCAGGAAGUUUCAAGAAGGGUCGUAAUCCUCCUAUAGGCGUGACCUCCCCCAUCACUCAUACCUCUCAGAGCACAUUGAAAGUCGCAGCACCUAAAAGUGAGAAGCCACUGGAUAAAUCCAGGAUUUCCCUCAAAACUGCUGGUCUACAACGGUCACGUUCAGACGCUGGCAGGGAUCAUCAUGGAGAGCACCGCAAGCCCCCGUCAGGUUUAGUUAAACCCACAGCUGGAGCCUCCUAUGGCUACAAGAAACUACCAACAGCCACCGGUACCGCCACUGUUAUGACAGCAGGGGGCGCCACCAUCUCCAGUGGCUCUGCAACUGUGGGAAAAAUCCCCAAGUCAUCUGGUAUCCCUGUGAAGCCUGUGGGAGGAGGAACACCCUCCAGUCGAAAGAACAGUUUCGAUGCCAGCAGUGAGCAGUGCUUCCUGGGGCCAAACAGCCGAAACAGCAUUCAGUACCGCAGCCUGCCUCGACCGGCCAAAUCGAGCACGUUCAGUGUGAUUGGUCGCCCUGUCUGUGGUACCAUGGACCCCAGUCUGUUGAGUUUGAAACCAGUGCCCAUGGCCUCCACAGGUCCCAGGAUUAAAGAGCCUAGUAGCUGCAGCAGUAAGAUGUCCAAUCGAACGAGCACAGGCCCAGUGAACAUGACCGACCGAGAGAAGGAGAAGGAGAGAGCCAAGGCCAAGGCUGUGGGUGCUGACAUGGACUGUGGCUCUCUGAAAGGAGAGAGUCGGUCCACAGGAGAGUCCACUGUGAAGCUGCACGGCCUGAGACGGACCGGCAGCAGCAAAUACCCUGAACUGUCAUCACCCACCACACCAAGGAUGCUGAACACUAAGUCUCUGGGUCGUCCACCCAGUUUGGCUCACUUCGACAAGGUCAACUCCAACAGCCUUGAUUUCUGUGUGACCGUCCAGGACCUCCCGCCCAAAGUCCCCCCUUAUUCCAAGCUGCAGGACUUGGCUGGUUACCACACCUCCUCCCGCCUCACCCCCAGCCCAGCGCCUGUGCUCCACAUCGAUUCCCCCGGCUCCUACACCAGUGAAUGCCUGAGUCUGAGCGGAUCGCCGCUGCUCUACCCCAAGUUGUCUGGCAUGCACCGCAGCAUGGAGUCCCUGCCCCUCCAGAUGAGCGUGCCUUCCAGUGCGAGGUUUGCCAGAACUGAGAUGCAUGACAGAGAAGAGAGGGGUACGGGAACCUGGGGAGCCGGAAGUAGGACAUCCCUCAACCUCACAGAUAGCUUGCAAACGGACAGAAACACCUUGCCGAAGAAAGGCUUAGAACGUUAUGGCUCAAGCCUGUCGGAUAGUGACGGCAAAACGGAAAGGCGCCACUCCCACACCAUAGUCAGCAUGACAGAGAGCGAUAGCCCCCCUCAGCUGCCUUCUCCCACCCGCCCUCUCCACCCCUCCUCCGGCAAGGCUCCUCUCACCAACGUGGUUGCCCCAAUUUCUAUUGGCACCCCAAGGAUAUCGCGCUCCAACAGCAUCGGCCCACCCACUGAGUCAGCCUGCGAUCUGUAUGGAACCUCCCCUCUGGGCAGCAGUAUGUCCCUGGCUGACCGGCCAAAAAGCAUGAUGCGUUGUGGGUCUUUCCGUGAACCAGGAGACGAUGUGCAUGGCUCUGUGCUCUCCUUGGCGUCCAAUGCUUCAUCCAACUAUUCCUCGAAUGAGGAGAGGAUACAAGGGGAGCAAAUCCGCAAGUUGAGGAGAGAGCUGGAGUCUUCCCAGGAAAAGGUUGCAGACUUGACCAUGCAGCUUAGCGCCAAUGCUAAUCUGGUAGCAGCGUUUGAGCAGAGUUUGGCGCUGAUGACCGCACGCCUGCAGACCCUGUCCGUCUCCUCGGAGCAAAAGGACUCUGAACUCACUGAGCUGAAGGAUUCCAUCGAGGUUCUGAGGGUCAAAAACACAGAGGCCCAAGAAAUCAUUCACGUGGCUCUCAGUGCGCCGGACAUCACACCUAAAGAACUGCCCAUCAAUCGCCAGAACUCCUCAGAAAGCAUCUCCAGCCUCGCCAGCACCUCCAGCCACUCGAGUAUGGGUAGUCUUAAAGAGCAGGAGGCCAAGAAGAAGAAGAAGAAGAGCUGGGUCUUUGAGUUACGCAGCUCCUUCAACAAGGCCUUUAGUAAGAAAGGCUCCAAGCCGUCAGGGCCGUAUGCCGACAUUGAGGAAAUUUCCACCCCAGAAUCCUCAGCACCUUCCUCCCCCAAAGUCCACUAUGGUGAAGACAAACCCUCGUCACUGUCAAUGAAAUCCUCAGCCUCUGCCUCAUCAGGACUCUGUGAAGAAGAUGAGGAGGGAGAUUAUAAGGUUGUAACAGAGCUGCGUACAGAGCUUUGGGAGAAGGAGCGCAAACUGACAGACAUCCGCCUGGAGGCUCUAAGCUCUGCCCAUCAGCUGGAGCAGCUGCAGGAGGCCAUGACCAGCAUGCAGUCGACAGUGGAGAACCUAAAGGCUGAGAACGACCAUCUGAAGACGGGCACCCCGUCCCCCUGUCCAUCUCCUGGACCCUCCAGCUCCGUCUCCCAGUCCUCAGGUCUCACUGCUCUGGGAAGCUCAUCACCUCGACAGUCCGUAGCCAUGAACAUGCCCAAAAGCUACAGCAGAGGGCUGAGUGAGGGCAGCUCAGACGUCCACUCAGAUUCGCUCAGUCUUUCCUCACAGAGGGACGAUCACCGUGUUAGGGUGGUGAUUUGUGUUGCAGAUUUACACGUCUUUAAAGAUGAGGUUAAACAGCAGGAUUUCUUCGUCGGCACCGUCAGGGUGAACGGCAGGAUGGACUGGCCCAUGCUGGAUUCAGCUGUCAGCCAGGCUUUCAAGGUGUACAUAGCCAAGGUGGACCCCACUUCUAGUCUGGGCCUGUCUACAGACUCCAUCUACAGUUACAGUAUGGGCCACAUCAAGAGAGUGCUGGGAGGAGAAGCUCCCGAGACGCAGCCCUCUCGCUGCAUGUCCCGAGGCCCCAGUAGCAUCACAGUGGGCCUGAAAGGUUUGAAGGAGAAGUGUGUGGACAGCCUGGUAUUCGAAACCCUCAUUCCCAAACCCAUGAUGCAACACUACAUCAGUCUUCUGCUCAAACACCGCCGUCUCAUCCUGUCUGGACCGAGCGGGACGGGUAAGAGCUACCUCGCUUCCCGGCUGGCUGAGUACCUGGUGGACCGCAGCGCCCGCGAAGUCAGCGAGGGCAUCGUGGUCACUUUCAACAUGCACCGCCAGUCAUGCAAGGAUCUGCAGCUUUAUCUUUCCAACCUGGCCAAUCAAAUCGAUCGGGAAACCAACACGUCAGAAAUACCGCUGGUCGUUAUUCUGGAUGAUAUUCACGGGCCGGGUUCCCUCAGCGAACUUGUCAAUGGAGCUCUCACCUGCAAAUAUCACAAAUGUCCUUACAUAAUUGGAACGAGCAAUCAGCAAGUGAAGAUGAUAGCGAACCACGGCCUCCAUCUCAGCUUCAGGAUGGUGACCUUCUCCAACAAUGUGGAACCAGCCAACGGCUUCCUGGUGCGCUACUUGCACAGGAAGCUGAUGGAGUCGGAGGAUGAGAGAAGCUUGACCAAUGAGGACCUGAUCAGGGUGUUGGACUGGGUGCCCAAACUGUGGUAUCAUCUGCACGCCUUCCUGGAGAAGCACAGCACGUCGGACUUCCUCAUUGGCCCCUGCUUUUUCCUGUCGUGUCCAGUCACGGUGGAUGAUUUUCGAUCGUGGUUUAUUGACCUGUGGAACCACUCUAUUAUUCCGUACCUGCAAGAGGGGGCCAAGGACGGCAUCAAGGUCCACGGCCAGAAGGCGGUAUGGGAGGACCCAGUGGAGUGGGUGAGAGGCACCCUGCCUUGGCCGUCUGCCCAGCAGGACCAGGCAAAGCUUUUCCACCUGCCGCCGCCCAGCAUCGGCUCCAGCAGCCCCGGUCAGCCCUUCGAGGAGAGGCCUCGCAAGGAGACUCCACCCACCUCCAUGGAAUCUGAUCCACUGAUGGCAAUGCUUUUGAAACUUCAAGAGGCUGCCAAUUACAUUGAAUCCCCAGACAAAGAAGAUCCUAGCCUGCCUAAACUUUGAACACAAAGCGUACACUUAGCACUUCAAAUGUUAUAGUUUUUUUUGUUGUUCACUGUGAUGACGCAGUGCAGUGAACAAAUGAUCCCUCAGAAAUGGUUGUAGGGGGAUUUUAAACUGUCAUUCCCGCAGUAGGUUAAAAAUAUAACAACAACUGUUCAAUGGACUGUUCACAAGUAUUGAAUGAAAAGCUAUAUUCUAUUACUUUACUGUAUAUUCAACUGGAUUACAUUCACUUUAGUUCCCUUUACCACCACGUUAGCACUCUUAGAUCGGGGCUAAGAGAUCCCGAAGAAACUCAUCGUCUCAGCAUUUAGACUUCAGGUGAUUUCUGCAACAGCAUUCGUGCAUCAUGGGAUAUGUAGUGCUUGUCAACAGGAGGUAUUCUCAAUUAUGGUGACUCAUUUUGGAAAAGAGUAUGACAGCAUGACAGAUGCUACUAUUUAUUGCAAAGUUCUUUGGUACAUAUCUACUGUAUAAGUCUUUGAAGGCCAAAUCUUAUACAUAUGCAAUGCUGAACUUUACAACCAGAGCAGGUGAAACGAUUAAAUGCCUUAAGAACAAAGACGUCAAUGUCACCUUAACUUCAGCAGAGUAUACUGGUGCUUUCAUAAAUAUCAUCCCCGCUAAGAAGGUUCAACUCUCUACAUUAUUUAUUUCAAUUGAUCUUCUUCUUUUUUUUUACAAUAUAAAAUUAUAAACUAUUAUAGGAUCAAUUAUGAAUAUAUGUUUUCACAUAUUUGUAUAUCUCCUUUAUCAUUUGUAUAGCUUAUAAGUUGAAAAAUUAACCUUGCUGUCAUACUCUUUUUUUUGUUGUUGCAUAAAACAAAAGCUAUUUAUUAGUGAUGUGAGGUCUUCGCUCUGUCGCUGCACACAGUUCCACAAUUCAUUUUCCAAGCACUUCAUUUAGUUUUAUGAACUGCUUUAUGUAAAACAUGUGUCACCAAUGUUGCCAUAUAUAUCAGGUAUUAGAUACUUAUUACACAGGGAUAAUAUAACAUAACAAACACCCUCUGGUUACACAAAAUGCUAUUUGAAUCCAAUUCAGAUUUUUUUUUCUUUUAUGACAUUUAUCUAGGAAAGAGUACAUUUGUUUCAAAUCUUCCCCCCCCCCCCCCCCCCCCAUAUUCAGAGUAGCUUCUGUACAUACAAUCAGGCUACAUUAGUUAUUUUAUCUAUAUUAGUUGGUGCAAAUAUCUAAUAUACUGAACCAAAUACUGUACUUUAAUCAUGCUUCUUGACUGUCAUGUUAGUGGUUUAAGUUCAACGAUGAAUGUAUAGAAAACGCGUAUAAAAACAAACAUUUACCAGUAUCCAUCAUCCAGUAGGUGCUUUUAAAUGAAGCCUUAUCACAGAGCUCCACUGCAAAAAAAACAACUAAAAAGCUUUCACAGUGUCUGAGUGCAGUGACUUUAAAGCUACUUACGGCAUUUUCAUUUUGCAACAAUGCACAAAAUUAAAAUCUCAUUCUUUUAAAUCAUCAUUUAGGUAUGUGUGGUGCUUUAAAACAAUGUCCCGAACUGUUUCAGUGUUGGUUAAAGAUCACGUAGACUUUUCAGGGUUAGGGUUAGCAAAGAGUUGUGUGUCAUGCAGUGGAACUGUCCAUCGCUAAAGUAAUGUGAGAUACACCUGGAAGAUGAUUCCUUCAUAUUUUUUAGGACACGCUGAAGACAUUAACGUAGAGACAGUGAAGUCAUUGUGUGCCGUACGCCCGUGUUGAUAUCGUACAACACGGUAACAAAGUGAUUAAGGAGCGUAGUCGUUCCAAGAGCAAAAGAUUUAAACACUUUUUAAGGUACUUUGUGUAGAUCUUUGUAAAGAAAACAAAACAUAUAGGCCUAAUGGAGUAAAUGGCAGACAAAGUAGUUGUGCAAGUGUUGUCGAAAUAAUUCACCUGUUCAUCCCAAACUGUGUCCAUGUUUAGGUGCUCAGACUUCACAUAAAUCCUGUAAAUGAAUGUCGGACCACUUUAAUGACAGCUCGAUAAGAAAGUUUAACAUUUUGAAAUUGUAUCUGAGCUGCUUAUUGCUUCGUUAUCGCGCAGUUUGCUGAUAACUUCAAGCUAAUCCGCAGCUCUGAUUGGUCACGUGUAAAACUAAAAAAAUAGACGUCAGAGAGCAAAAAGACGCCAAACGGCCGGUGACUCUCAUACUGGUCACAUGUCCAUUUGAAAAUAAUGUCAGUUAUUGUAAAUAUUUCAGGUAUUAGACAGUUUUACCAACACCUGGUCUGUUUCUGCAGGUUAACUAAAGCCAUCAGCUCGAGCUUCUCAUCUCAUUCACUGGUUGUUGUGCCUGUUGCUCUGUAGUAGCUGUGAUUUGUGUUCGCUUACUAGUGUAUCAGGACUAUGCAGCAACUUCUACUGGUGUUGGCAAUCAGCAAAUGUCUGAUCCUCACGAGCAAACGCAGUGUGUUUUCAUUUGGUCUGUCUUUGAGUUCUUCAUUUGGACCAAAUUGCACCACGGGACAAAAGUGUAAGCUUGUUUUCAGCGGGUGGCACGGAGCCUUAAAGAGGAGGAUGUGUUUGGCGUUGCAUUUGAGAACAGGGUUCAUAGAUGUUGUUAAAGAAAUGAAGAAGUUUGGAAGUUGUGUCAUGUGUUUUGUCCUUGUGAAGGACAAUAAAAGUAUCAUAACUGGACUUGUAAAUGGUCAAAUGACGAUAAGAAAACAAACAAAAAGAAUCUAAUUAUGAGCCUGAAAUAGUUUGCAACAAUCAGCACUGUUUGCAUAAUUCAUUUCCUGUAGAAUCGAACCAGAGAAAGAGAUUGUUCUGAUCUCUCAGGCCAAUACAGGUUGCUGAAUAGUCAUAUUUUCGCAAAGCUUGUUGUGGACUAAACUAAGAUUUAAAAAAAAAAUGUUAUGCAGUAUCUAAUGUCACUGACGUGGAAAUGUUAAGGGUUUCUAAGUGUUGUAAAUGCAUGUAAACUCGCUGUGUGAUGAGAAAACAAACUUUAACAUUAAUGUAUUGUUUAGGAAAAUGUUUUCCUUUUUAAUACUCAAAAUAUUUGAUAUUUCUUUUCUUUUUUUUCUAAAGAAUCCUUUGUAAAACUUAAUUUCUCUAUUUUGUACAGGACACCAUUGUAAAGAUUGUAAAUAGGUCAGCAUUCUGGAUGCGGCAACAAUCAUUGAGGAGGGGGGCACAAAAACAAAAAGUCAUUCAUGAGAGAAAGGUAUAUUUCUUCAGAGUUGGGUCCAAUACAUGAAUAAGGCAUGUUUCUGAAGGCUUUCAUCCACCUAUCACUGGUCGUUGGAAUCAAUAAAAUACAUGUUAUAUUUAU